UAAAUUCUACACGGCCGUGUGACUUGGCCGUGUGGAAAUCCAUGACGCGGGCAAGCCACACUGGCCGUGUAUGGGACCCAUUGUGGCCGUGUGGAAAGUCCAGGGAGCUCACACGGCCAGACUGGAAAUCCACACGGCCGUGUAGCGUACCUGAAGCCACUUAAGUGAAACGCUGCGUUUUGCACUUCCACACAGGCAGCUGGGGAUUUCACACGCCUGUGAGAUCGGGCCAAACUGGGUUUUGACCCAAUUUCGGGUCUUUUGAAGGGGGGGAUCGAGUUUUUGAGCAAAAAAACAGAGCCCUAGAGAGAGAAAGUGCGAAGAACACAUCCUAGAAAUGAUUUUGGAGCUGGGUUUCAUCAAUUCGAGAUUGGAGAUCAUCAUAGCAGUGAAGAUCAUCAUCCCAGAGCAUAUUUUCCUCAUCUUUAUGAGUAUGAGUACUCUGUUGUCUGUUUUCCUCUCUCUCUCUCUCUCUCUCUCUCUCUCUCUAUUGAGUAGAACCUUCUCUCACUUGGGAUCGUUAUACUAAUUGAUUUUAUUCGAUUGAUGCAUGAUUUAUUGAGUCAAUUAAAGUCUGAUCAUCUUUUCUUGAUUUCUACUGCAACCUGAGAUAGAUAGAAUCUGAUUAGGUUGUUAGAGCUUCAUCAAUCGGUAGUGGUAGAUUGAUUAUACGAGAGUUAAUCGAUUUACUGCUUUGUACUGGAAUCCAAUUCCAGUAGUGUAGUUCUGCGUUCAUAGCCUCGUCUUUCUAUCCCGGUGAAGACUAGUCGUCUGCCGGGUAGUUGGACUGAGAGGGCUUGGUCAGCUUAAGAGAUUCCAAGCUACUGUCGGAUCUUCCACAGUUUAAUCAACAGUUAAUCAACCCAGGGUAAUUACAACCUCGACCUAACUAAGGAGCUAGGGGGACUCAUUCCCGAGUGACUCUUCCCUUGCUAAGGAACUUUGAACCAUUUCCUCCUUUCUUACUGCUUUUAGUUAAAAUCACAAUCACUUGACUUAGUUUGCUAGAUAAUAGAUAAUCACGGAGUAGGCAGUAGAUGUAAACCCCGGGUUGACAAAUAGAGUUUGCCUGUUACUGCAUUUCCAGACUGCGAUUACACUUGGUCGCAGUUUGGUGUUGUGUUUUAGCAUGUCAAUAUUUUGGCGUCGUUGCUGGGGACCUCUAGGUUAUUGUAGAAACGUGAAAGUCUGUUACUUUAGCUUUUUUCUUUUCUUUCCCACCCUUGUUUUUCACUUGGGUGUUAUGUUUUUGUUGGUGCAGAUCUGAAACAUGGAUCCUCAUGGCUUCUCCAACCAUUGGGGGGUAUCAACCACCAUCCUCAUGGAUUCGGAUGUCAGUACCAACCCCCCUACUACGGAGAUCAACCAAACCAUUGGGAACCUCAAGAACAAUAUCCUUUUCAAGAAGAGUUCCUGCCACAACCAGCGGGGCCAUCUGAGUUGGAGUUAGCCAUGGAGGCCUUCACGGGCCACUCUGCAGAGCCAUGCUACACUUCACUGGAAGAUCCGAACAAACAAUUAAGGCUUCUCGUGGAGCAGUUUGCUCGAGAAACUGAGAGAUCAUGCUCCAAGAUGGAUCUUCAAAUCCAAGCCCUUGCCCCUUCCGAUCCCUCAUUUCUCCAUGAAAUGGAGGAGACUGUUCAGUGCUCAGCGAAGCAAACAGAGUGGGUGGAGCAAGUUUGCUCGCAUCCUGCUCAAGAUCACCUUUCUGCUACCACGCUAGAAGAGGUGGAGGAUGACAAAGGCUACGGGGACGUUGAGGAGCAUACAUAAGUUAUCACAGAGAACUCCCAUGUUAACAGUAAUACGAAUAUCAUGGUUGCAUAUCACACCCGUUUACUAUCUUUCGGGUUGGGUUCGGGUUCAACUAUAUCCAUCCCACUCCAACCCGAACCCGUCGCCAACCACGAAUCCCUUACCCACUUACUCUCCCAUUAGGCAAUUCACCCAUCUUAAUCUAAGCAAUAUAUUUUCCUUAAACAACUAAUCAUCCUUAUGUUUGGGGAGACAUGUCUCAUUUGUUCUUCCUAAUUGCCUAGAAUGAAGUUGAUAAUAUGGAAUGGAGAGUGAAGAAGUUUAGUUGACAAGGAGGAAGAAGUUUUCAAUUACUCAUGUUCUUUAUGGAUGUUUAUCUUUAAUGUUGAACAGUUUGUAUGGAUGGUUUUCUUCUAUGCUCUAGAUUGGUGUUUUUUGUUUGGAUAAUUUGUAUAGAAGAAUGAUGUUAGACUUUUAUAUUGACUAGAACUUGUUAUUAUAAAUUUUUCACCACUAACCCAUGAAUAUCUAUUUUAUUGGUGGUUAUACCCGUUCAAACCCAACCUGACUCAUUGCCAUCCUUUCCUCCUCGACGGAUAUUUUUUCGGGCUUUCUUAUUUCUUCAUUUCUUCCCAUUCACUGUAGACUGAUCAACUGUUCCAAACUUUUACAUUUGGGAUUUUUCCUUGUAAAAUGAAUUACCAUGUAAAAUUCAUUGUCAAUUGAAAUCUUAUGUUUGGUAUGUCAUAUUCAAAUCUUUAGAAAUAAAAUGAAUUGCCGUGUAGAAUUCGUUGUCAAAUGAAUUCCUUUGUUUGGUAUGUCAUGUUUAUAAGUAAUUUAGUUAAUAAAAGAUAUAAUUAUGUCAUUCAAUAAUAAUUAGUAAAUACUUGUGGAAUUCAUUUGGAAAUUCUUUCUCAAUUACUCGGAAUUGCUAUAACUAGUUCCAAUUCCAUAGAAUUCAAAAUUUAGAAUUGAGAAUGAAUUUUUUUAAAUACCGAACACACAAAAUAUUCAUUUCAAAAUGAAUUGUUUAAAACUUAUGGAAUUCAUUUAUACCAAACGGUAUGUUAGUUAACUUUUGCUUAAUGCAUCAAACUUUAUUUGCAUUACUUGUAUAUCCCCCUGAUUCGCAUGCUUGAACAGGAUGCAAUGCUUUAACUAGCUUGGAACCGUACAGCAUGAUCGAUCCAAACUAUAGUAACCAACUAAAAGAAACCAGAUUUUUGUGCCCCAAUAAUAGGUUCGCUUGGUUUAAUUUUUUGAUUAGCCGGAUAAUCGAUUACCAAUUAUCAAACCUAGCUAGUAGGCACAGUGCAAAAAGCGUUUACAUUUAGGGAAUGUUCCAAACAUUAGUAAUUUUAUGAAAAAUAAAACUGAAGGGGAAAAAGGUGAGAAUUAACAAGGAAACGAUUAAUAGAGCAAAAUGCGACUGUAUUUAUUCCUUAGAUAAAUGACCAUAUAUGAGAUAUGAAGGAAACUGCUUAUUUCUUAAAAAAGGAGAUAUUUGUUAUUCGUCAAUACCAUUUGAUAAUAUUUGGUAGUAUAUAAUCGUAGGAUUAUAUCACGUGGUAUGUAAGUGUAUCAUGGUGGUAUGCAAUGCAGUCAAAAUCAUUAUUUUGAUCGUAAAAUCGUAGGAUUUUAGGAUUUUACUUAGGCAUUUCGAUCCAGAUUUUAAUAUAAAUCGGUGGACCUUAAAAUCGUUUAAAAUCUGGAUUUUGAUCCUAUGUGAACAAAAUAGGUGGUUUGAGCCAAUUCACAAGAAGCAAAACUGUUUCGGUGGAAAGGGCAAUGAUAGGGAUCUUCUUAGGUUAACCCCCUUCCCCUUGUUUAACUCAUCGAUAAAACAACUGUCAUAAUAUUUUAAAUACGUAAGAAUUAACAUCAUCAUUGACAAAUAAUUAAUUAAUGAAUAUAAUUGUACCAACUAAUGACAUUAAUUAUUUUAUUGGAAUUCACUUAUUCUUAGUUUUAAAAAAUGCAUAGUAGACGA